AGGGAACUGGAGGAGAUUAAUAACUGGGAUCAGACUGAGCUGCGUAGCAGAUAAAGGAGCCAUUUCAUCCCAGGUCCUGUCCCAGACCCGGUGCCCUCCCAGGCAAACAUGCUCUUCUCCAGGCUCCUAUGAAACCCUCUGACUUCUCCCCUACAGACUAGUCCAGGCAAUAAGCUGAGCCUCAUCUAUACAUCCAUCAGCCUAAAGAUUCCAGGUGAACAUGGGGCACAACCACAGAGAUGUAGUCUUCAUUGUCCUCCUGGGAGCCACAAUAAUAUCAGGAGUCAUUGCUCUCAUCCUCUUUCUUGUGGAUGGCUCAGACAUCUUCGGGCUUCCAGAUACCAAGUAUGGGAUGGUGUUUGAUGCCGGAUCCUCGCACACGUCUCUCUACGUCUACAAGUGGCCAGCAGACAAAACGAAUGACACCGGCAUCGUGAGCCAGGCUCUGUCCUGCGACGCGGAAGGGCCUGGGAUUUCUGAUUACGUCAAUGAUCUGGUGAAUGCUGGGGAGAGCCUGAGGCCUUGUAUGGAGAAGGCGCUAGCCCUGAUUCCAGAAGACAAACAUCAGGAGACUCCUACUUUCCUUGGGGCCACAGCAGGGAUGAGGCUUCUGAGAGAGAAGAAUAGUUCCCAAGCAGAUCGGAUCUUUGAAGAAAUCACCAAGGUCCUGGGCCAGUUCCCUGUCAAUUUCCAGGGAGCCCAAAUCCUGACGGGGAUUGAUGAAGCCUCCUUUGGCUGGAUCACCAUUAACUACAUCCUGGAGACCCUGGUGAAGUACACGUUCUCAGGGGAGUGGAUCCAACCCUCUACGGCUGAGAUGGUGGGAGCCCUAGACCUAGGUGGAGCUUCAGCACAGAUCUCCUUCCUUCCACUUGGCCGUAUUGCUGACCCAAGCACCAACGCCAUCUUCCGCCUCUACGGGUAUAACUACAGCGUCUACGCACACAGCUACCUGUGCUAUGGACAGAAUCAGAUGGAGAAACGGCUCCUGGAACGUCUGGUGCAGACCAGAACUUCUGAAGUGGUCCGGAACCCAUGCUAUCACGGUGGAUAUGAGGAUACGUUAUCUCUGGCUGACUUGUAUGACACGCCUUGUGUCCAGAGUUCCCAGACCUCUCAACCUGUGCAGAGCCUCAAGGUGGAGGGUACGGGAAACCCAGAAGCUUGCUACUCUGCUGUCUAUAGUCUCUUCAACUUCUCUGCCUGUCUGGGCCGGGAAGACUGUACCUUUGAUGGCAUCUACCAGCCUCAGAAGCACGGCCAGUUCUAUGCAUUUUCUGGAUUCUAUUACACUUUCCACUUCUUGAACCUCACAGACGGCCAGUCCUUACACACUGCGAAUGAGACCGUUUGGGAAUUCUGCCAAAUACCCUGGAAACAGGUAGAGGCCAGCUACCCUGAGGAGAAACAGCGGCUAUAUGCCUACUGUACCAAUGCCAUGUACAUCCUCAUCCUCCUGACCAGUGGUUACAAGUUUGAUGAUGGAACCUGGAGCGACAUCCACUUCAGCAAACAGGUUGCAGGCACAGACAUUGGCUGGACCCUGGGCUACAUGCUGAAUAUGACCAACAUGAUCCCAGCUGAGGCACCAGUCCUUCAGCGGGCAGAAAGUUUUAGUGUCUGGGUUGCUGGUGUCAUCUUUCUUGCCCUGACCAUUGUAAUGAGCAUCGGGUCUGGAGUCAUCUACUGUUUUUGGAGCCCUGACUAGGCCUCAGACUUAAGUCACUGUGAUGAACAUCCUUGGGGUGGAGCGAGAGGAGUCUGAUUCUGAGCUUCUGAAAACCUGAAGACUGGUUUAUUUAACUCCUGGGGGAACCUACUCCAUCCCAGCCUGGGGACCUCAAAGUCCCCUCAAAGCAGGGAACUUCUGUCUCUGACAGACUUUUGAGGUUCUUUUUGGGCAUCCUGACCAUUGCGUUAUAUGUUUUCUGUGGGUAACUCUAGGCCUGUCAUCUCUCUGGAAGGGACUGGGCUGGGAGUGAUGGUAUUUGGGUAUGAGUUGAGGGAAAGUCUAGGGGCUGAAGUUGGGGUAUGGGAGUGUGAUUGUUGGGAGGGAGAGGGCUGGGAUAAGAGAAACGACAAGGUAUCAUGAACCAAGAACUCAACUGGAGAUCCAGAAGGUCUAAGUCCUCACGCUGCUUCAGCAAUCAACCAAUUGUGUGAUUUCCUCUUUUGGAGCCUCAGUUUUUCCAUCUGUAAAAUGCGGGAGGUUGAACUAGAUGACUGAUCAUCCAGGUCUCUUUCUGUUCUGUAAUUAUGUGGAAAAUGACAGAAUGAUUGCGGGAGCUCUGAUGUUUCAGAAGGGAAUUUGGGGACAGCCCAAGGAUGACAGCAAAGCAUCCCUGGAAUAUGCACUUGUGCCAUUAUCAAGGUAGGCUCAAGCCACCAAAGAGAGGCAGGAGGAGCAACCCUAGCCAGAGUUCUGGGCCGAGGAUUUCUGUGCUUAUUCCUCUCCCCAGCCAGAUCUGGUUGAUCUUGUCUAUGGGACUUGCUCAUCCUCCUUCCCUCUCAGUCUUCCCUCCCCUACGUCCUCAAACCCCAGCCUCUUGACUCUAACAGUCAUUCUACUUUGUUGUACAUUGAUCUUUGCAUAUCAUCUUCUCCAUUAGACUGUGAGUUCCUUGAGAGCAGGGACUGUCUUUUGCCUUUUUUGUAUCCUCAGUACUCAACACAGUGCCUGGCACAGGGACACAGCUCCCACCUAUGGUCCAAAGCCCAAGCCUCUAACCCUGAUAGCUAUCCCGGGGAUGUUCCCCUCCUUCCUCUGGAUGGCUCAGAGUUUUGGGAAAUAUGCUGUUACUUUUAUUUAAAUUCCACUUGUACACAAGUUGGUUUCUAGACCUCAUAAGUUCCUUUCAGCCUGUGCUGGUAGGCUUUUGUUCUAUCACACAACUCUGGUGAUACUCUCUUCUUCUCUAAAACUGACAUCUGAGAUUGGGUGAAGGAGGCGUAAUUCAUUCUAACAAGAUGUUAUUAAAGAUUUACUUUAUCAGGCACUGUACUAAGCACUGGGAAUAGAAAUAAAGGCAAAAACCCUCCCACAGUAUAGUCCUCACCCACAAGACUUAUAUUCUCUUUUUGGGUAGGUUAGGGAAUAAAUACAGAUAAGUAGUUCAAACCACAUACAGAGUAAAUAUGAAAAAAAGUUUCACAGAACAAAAUGCUGCAGGGAGACAGCAUGAAGGGGCAGGUAUCUUUCAUUAACUCUACAUCUUAGUAAUAAAGAAAAAUAACUAAGUAAAAAUGACACAAAAGAUUGUAUGUGACAAUAUAUGCAACACUGUGUUCACAAAGGCUCCUACCUCUAUAUUUUAAAAUGGGAAAAGUAUUUCAUUGCCUGGUUUCUAGGGAACAAUGCUGGUCAACAUUGCAAUUAAUCUGAAUUUGGCUGACUUUUAGUGUCAUCUUCAUUUAUGUUAUUAUAGUCACUGUGUGUUCUGCUUGCUUUGCUUUACAUCAAGUCAUACAAGUCUUACCAUGUUUUUCUGAA